UGCCCCCCCUCCCCCCAGGUGGUUGGAAGAGGCAAUGAUCAGGUGGCAAUGACCUCCAAAUUCGAGACAAGAGAAGAUCUGGCCGUCAUGCGGAAUUAUGGGAAUCUUCUCCUGGAGAUGUCGGCCAUUGUGCCAGACGGCAUUGUGGGAUUUUUCACCAGCUACCAAUACAUGGAGAACAUUGUGGCCUCGUGGUAUGAGCAGGGAAUUCUGGAGAAAAUUCAACGGAACAAACUGAUCUUUAUUGAGACGCAGGACAGUGCGGAGACCAGUGUGGCCCUGGAGAAGUAUCAGGAGGCGUGUGAGAACGGACGUGGCGCCAUCCUGCUCUCCGUGGCUCGCGGAAAAGUGUCCGAGGGGAUCGACUUCGGUGAGUGUGAUGCUCGCCUGAAGUUCCUGAGGGAUCAGUUCCACCUCCGUGAGAACGACUUUCUGACAUUUGAUGCGAUGAGACAUGCCGCGCAGUGCGUGGGCCGCGCCAUCCGCGGGAAGACGGAUUACGGGAUCAUGUUGUUUGCUGAUAAG